UCCGUAAACAUCUGGCGACUCAAGGUUGAGCUGAAUGAAUAUAAGACGUGGACCGGCGCUCUGCCGUUACUCGGCGGUGGAGAGAGAAAGACGAAGAACAAUGAGGGCUGUGGUGUUGAUAACGGCGCUGGCCCUUUCCUUCGGCCUGGUCAGAUCUCAGUGCAUCUCGAAGGACGACUCCCUCAUCCCGCCCCCAAUACCAUACCUCGGCCACGUCGCGCCCUUCAGUGUCGGUCUCUUGAAGGAGGUUCUUCCUGCGUCGGGGAAUUUCUUCUUCUCGCCCUACAGCAUCUGGACGGCGCUUACCUUGGCCUACUUCGGCUCGAACGGCUGCACGAAGACCCAGUUGGAAAGGGUCCUUCAGCUGGGGAACCGGGAAGGGGCUCUGGCCUUGUACAAAAGCAUAGAUCAGUUGUACAGGUUGCAGGAGAACAACUCCAAUUACACGAUUAAUGCAGCUAAUAGAAUAUACGUCCAGAAUGGGUUGCCGCUCAAGGACUGUCUACAGACGGUUUUCUCGAAGGAAAUGAAGGCUGUAGAUUUCCGCCAGCAAGCGCAAGCUGCGGCGGAGGACAUCAACAGUUUCGUCAGCGACACAACCAGAGGCAAAAUUCCGCAGUUAGUGUCAGCCGACAGCGUGUCAGGAGCCGUGAUGGUGCUCGUCAACGCAGUCUACUUCAAGGGCGUGUGGGACCGUCAGUUUCAGGUCGAGAACACGGCCCCGCAAAAGUUCUUUGUGACGCCGAAUAGCCCCGCAACUGUCCCUAUGAUGAACCAAGAAGGCAAAUUUAAAUAUGGCGAGUCUCGGGAGCUGGACGCCCAGGUGCUGGAGAUGGCCUACCGGGGCGGCGGCGCAUCCAUGUUCGUGCUCCUUCCUCGAGACCAGGGGACGGGCCGGGAGCUCGACCAGAUGGUGCAGCGCCUCACCACUUCCACGCUGACGACGGCGCUCAAGAAUACUCGCGCCCAAACGGUCCAGCUUAAGUUCCCCAAGUUCAAAUUUGAGAAGAAGAUCGAUGAGACGCUUCAGCAGGCUUUGGUACGCAUGGGCGUUGCUGACCUAUUCUCCGACCAAGCCGACCUCACGAACUUCAAGCCCGACGGCGGCCUCCGAGCCACGGACAUCAUCCACAAGGCAGUGGUGGAAGUGGACGAAGAGGGCGCCGAAGCAGCAGCGGCGACGGCGGUUGUGAUUGCGAUCACGUCGGUGGCCAUCCCACCACCGCCCCUCCGCUUCACCUGCGACCGCCCCUUCCUCUUCCUCAUCCGCGACAAUGACAUUGACAAUAUCCUCUUCGUUGGGGCUUACAGGCAGCCCUAAACUGCAUUUCCACGGCCUUCUUCAUCUUCCUUUUCUACUCCUCUCCUUCCUUACUUUCUUUUCUUUUCCACCUCCUCCUCCUAUAUCUGUACCAUCUUCCUUUUCCUUUGCCUCCUUUUCCUCUAAGAGCCGGGAAUGGAGUUGAGAUUUCUAAUCUUUUCUUCAUCUUCCUAAGUGAUCACAGAGAAAAAGUUAAAAUGAGAACUUUUACUAUAUCCUCUUCAUUGGGGCUUACAGGCAGCCCUAAACUGCAUUUCCAUGGCCUUUUUCUCAUUCUUCAUUUUCUUUUUUUCUUAUUUUUCUACUCCUCGCCUUCUACCUCUUCUUCUUCUCCCUCAUCUUUUUCCUUGACUUCCUCUUGUGAUGAAUGUAAUUUCUUGGCAGUCUUGUCUUUACCAUCUUUCUUAAAGAUACAUUUUUUGAAAUUGAUUUAGAAUCGUAUAUGUUAUAUGUUACAUUUAGAGCUCCGUAAGAUUAUGAUAUAUGCAUAAACGCAUGAUCAUUGCUUCACCUGCUAAUUCCUUUGUCACACUAGCCAUUCCCAUAUAAUGUUGUCUAUCCCCCACCGGAAGAGCUUUGUAUUGUAACACUACCUUUCUUUACCUCCGAUUGUCACAUGCUAAACCUGUGAUUUAUACUCACCCUGAGGUCAUUGUAUAAUAUGGCAGGCAGAUUCCCCGCGGGGACCCAAGGGGCAGCCGCACGCCGCCAAUUCUUUUCAAUAAAAGAGUCAAGAACC